UGUGAACACACUCAGCAAAUUUACAUUAAAAAAUUUUAAUCUGGCAAUUCCUCCCAACAAAUGACAACUGAAAAACGCAAAGUAAUUGUUGAAGUGAAAUAAAACGAAAAUUUUUGCAAUACGGAUUUUAUAAAUUUUCAAGUAAAUUAACAAAGUAAAAAGCGUAAUCUAAAAACAAGAAAAUGCCCAGCGAAGCCGCAAAAACCGAAAAGAAACCAAGUGCUGCAGCAGCAGACGAAAAGAAAGAACAUGACCCAAAAGCUGCCGAUAAUAAAGAUGCUAAGGAUAAGGAGGAAAAGGAGCAAGAGCUAUCCGAUGAGGAUCAGCAAUUACAGGAGGAAUUAGAUAUGUUGGUGCAACGUCUGCAAGAACCCGAUACAAAAUUGUAUCUGCCCGCUUUGGAAAUGAUGGCGAAAUUGAUAAGAGCCUCCACCACGUCAAUGACCUCAGUACCAAAACCUCUCAAGUUUAUGAGACCCCAUUAUGAGACUAUGAAAACAUUGUAUAAACAAAUGCCUGAUGAAAAGACCCGCCAUCUUUGUGCUGAUAUUAUUUCGGUGUUGUCCAUGACCAUGGGCAGUGGUAAAGAUUGCUUGGCCUAUCGUUUCUUAUGUGAUCGUACACAAAAAAUUGGCGAAUGGGGUCAUGAGUAUGUACGCCAUUUAUCGGGCGAGAUAGCUGCCCAUUAUUUAGAAACCUCUGGUGAGUUCCAGGCCCAACUAAUUGAACUGGUAAAACAGAUUAUACCCUACAACAUGGAACAUAACGCCGAAGCUGAUGCUUGUGAUUUACUUAUCGAAAUCGAUCAUUUGCAUUUGUUGCAAGAGUAUGUAGAUGAGUCUGCUUACCCCAGAGUUUGCUUAUAUCUACAAUCCUGUUAUCCCUAUGUACCCGAACCGGAUAACACUAUAAUUUUGGAAACGGCCUUGCAGCUAUCACGUAAAUUUAAUCAGUAUACACAGGCUAUGCGUUUGGCUUUAAUGUUAAACGAUAUGGAUAAGAUAACGGAAAUCUUCAAGGAGACCAAAGAUGCCGCCAUACAAAAACAAUUGGCUUUUAUGUUGGCCAGACAACAAGUAUGUUUGGAAUUGGAUGAAUCAUUUCCUGAUUAUGAUGAUCUCAUGGAGAUUAUGUCAAAUGCUAAUUUAAAUAAGCACUUUUUGAAUUUGGCUCGUGAGUUGGAUAUUAUGGAACCGAAAACUCCCGAAGAUAUUUAUAAAUCUCAUUUGGAUAAUGCUCGCACCAGAUUUGCAUCGAUUCAGGUAGACUCUGCUAAACAAAAUCUUGCUGCCAGUUUUGUAAAUGGUUUUGUUAAUGCUGGAUUCGGUGUCGAUAAACUUCUUUCUGAAGAUGGAAAUAAAUGGCUGUAUAAGAAUAAAGAACAUGGCAUGCUUUCAGCUACAGCUUCGUUAGGCCUCAUUCUUUUGUGGGAUGUUGAUGGUGGUUUGACCAUGAUCGAUAAAUAUCUAUAUUCUACCGAAGACUAUAUCAAAUCAGGUGCUUUGUUGGCUUGUGGUAUUGUCAAUUGUGGCAUACGUAAUGAAGUAGAUCCUGCUCAUGCUCUUCUCUCCGAUUAUAUUCAUAAUCACAAUACAUCUAUGCGUAUUGGAGCAAUUUUAGGCUUGGGUAUUGCUUAUGCUGGCUCAAACCGUUCCAUUGUUAUUGAUACCUUGAAAACAGUAUUCUCACACAAUGACAAAUCUACGCCCAGUGUAGAGAUUAUGGGUAUAACAGCCUUGUCAUUGGGUCUGAUUGGUGUGGGUUCUUGCAAUGCCGAGAUCACGGAAUUCUUAUUGCAAACCAUUAUGUACUUGACUAAGACCGACUUGAAAGAUACUUUCACUCGUUUUCUAUUUUUGGGCUUGGGUUUGCUCUAUUUGGGACGCCAAAAGGCCACAGAAGCUGUUAUGCUUACAUUGGAGGUUUUGGAUGAACCCUACAGAUCAAUGGCUACCACUAUGGUAGAUAUCUGUGCUUAUGCCGGUACUGGCAACGUUUUGAAGAUUCAACAAUUGUUGCACAUUUGCUCCGAUCAUUAUGAAACAUCGAAUAGCAGCGAAAGCGAUAAUGAUAAAAAUAAAAAGGAUAAAAACAACAAGGAAAAGGAUAAGGCUGAAAAGGAGAAAGAAAAGGAAAAAGAUCUUUCUGCUACUCAAGCUAUUGCUGUUUUGGGUAUUGCACUUAUUGCCAUGGGUGAAGAUAUUGGUGCCGAGAUGGCAUUCCGUUCAUUUGGUAAUCUAUUGCGUUAUUGCGAGCCCUGUAUAAGACGUUCCGUACCCUUGGCUUUGGGUUUGAUAUCUGCAUCUAAUCCUAAACUGAAUAUUUUGGAUACUUUGAGUAAAUUUUCUCAUGACAGCGAUGCUGAGGUAGCCCAUAAUGCUAUCUUUGCUAUGGGUCUUGUUGGUGCUGGCACCAAUAAUGCCCGUUUGGCUGCUAUGUUGCGUCAGUUGGCCCAAUAUCAUUCUAAAGAUCCCAGCAAUCUUUUCAUGGUGCGCAUCGCUCAAAGUUUAACACAUUUGGGCAAGGGUACACUUACCCUAAGUCCCUACCAUAGUGAUCGUCAACUAAUGAAUCCUAUGGCUGUGGCUGGUCUUAUGGCCACACUGGUGUCUUUGUUAGAUGUUAAAAAUCUUAUUUUGGGUCGCUCUCAUUAUUUGCUGUAUUGUUUGGUGCCCGCAAUGCAGGCCCGCAUGCUUAUUACUUUCGAUGAAGAUCUUAAUCAAUUACAAGUUCCCGUACGUGUGGGUAUGGCUAUUGAUGUUGUCGGUCAAGCCGGUAAGCCCAAGACCAUAACCGGCUUCCAAACACAUACAACACCUGUACUCUUGGCUAUGGGUGAACGUGCUGAAUUGGCCACCGAAGAAUAUAUUGCAUUAACACCUAUUAUGGAAGGUUUUGUAAUACUAAAGAAAAAUCCAAACUUUGUGAAGUAAAAGUGAUGAAAUUAUGUAUGGCUAAAUUUAUAAAUUUAAUAUAAACUAAAUUAUAUUUUGUGCUUUCUUCAUGAUUUCUAAUAUAAUUUAUAAGAUUUAUUUUCAUUUGAAUAUUCUGUAAUAGAGGCAUUCAUUGUAAUGCUUCACUUUAUUGGAUUUUUUUAAGGCUGCGAAAUGCCAAUUAAAAUAUUAAGGUCCUUAAACUUAACUGCGAAAGAGGACACUAAAAAUAUAAUUUUUCAUAAUACAUACGAUCAAA